CCGGAGCGAUCCUAAUGAGCUGAACCGAGAGCCUUUGUGUGCAGAGGGAGGCGACGGCGGCGGUGGCCGCCUGGCUGGAGACCCUGCCCCGGGAGCCCCCGGCGGGAACAAUGCUUGCCUGCCUGACCCGGGGGAACUUACUGGACGUCCUGCAGGAGGGCUUCAAUGAGCAACAGCUACAAGCCUAUGUGGCCUGGGUGAAUGCACAGCUGAAGAAGAGGCCGGCGGUGAAGCCUGUGCAGGACCUGCGGCAGGAUCUGCGGGAUGGGGUGAUCCUGGCGUAUCUCAUCGAGAUCGUUGCAGGAGAAAAGCUGAGUGGGAUACAGCUGGCUCCCAGUAACCAACAGGAGAUGAAGAAUAAUGUGGAGAAAGUGCUACAAUUUGUGGCCUCCAAAAAGAUUCGUAUGCACCAGACUUCAGCCAAAGAUAUUGUGGAAGGGAACCUGAAGUCUAUCAUGAGGCUGGUCCUUGCCUUGGCAGCUCAUUUCAAACCUGGCUCCAGCAGGACGGUGAGCCAAGGGCGGGACUCCAGAGCCCCACUUCAGAGUCACCAACCACACUGUGCCACUGCUGUUGCCCAGGGAGCAGCUGCUGCUCUGGCCGAUGUAUGUCAUGACAUGUCACGGUCAGGACGGGAUGUCUUUCGAUACAGACAGAGGAACAGCAGCAUGGAUGAGGAGAUUGAGAACCCAUACUGGAGCGUGCGGGCCCUGGUGCAGCAGUACGAAGGACAACAAAGGUCACCGUCUGAAUCUAGCUGCUCCAGCUUGACCUCACCCAGUCCAAUCCACAGUGCAAAGAGUGAAUCCAUUAUAACCCAGUCAGAAGAGAAGGUGGACUUCGUGAUUAUUCCUUCUGAAGGAAUAGAGAACAAAACAGAAGAAACAGAUUCUCCAUUAUCUCGAGACUGGCGGCCAGCGAGCCCCGGAGCCUAUCUGGAGACCUCAUGGGAAGAACAGCUGUUAGAACAACAAGAACAUUUGGAAAAAGAAAUGGAGGAAGCAAAGAAAAUGAUAUCAGGACUCCAGGCCUUACUACUCAAUGGAUCCUUACCUGAAGAUGAACAGGAGCGGCCGUUGGCCCUUUGUCAACCAGGAGUCAAUCCAGAGGAACAGCUGAUUAUAAUCCAGAGUCGUCUGGAUCAGAGUGUGGAGGAGAACCAGGACCUAAAGAAAGAGCUGCUGAAAUGUAAACAAGAAGCCAGAAACUUACAGGGGAUAAAGGAUGCUUUGCAGCAGAGGUUGACUCAGCAGGACUCAUCUGUUCUUCAGCUCAAACAAGAACUGCUAAGGGCAAACAUGGACAAAGAUGAGCUACACAACCAGAAUGUGGAUUUGCAGCGGAAGCUAGAUGAGAGGAACCGGCUCUUGGGAGAAUAUAAAAAAGAGCUGGGGCAGAAGGACCGCCUCCUGCAGCAGCACCAGGCCAAGCUAGAAGAAGCACUCCGGAAACUCUCUGAUGCCAGUUACCACCAGGUGGACCUAGAGCGGGAGCUGGAACACAAAGAUGUCCUUUUGGCUCACUGUAUGAAAAGAGAGGCAGAGGAGGUGACCAACUACAACAGUCACAACUCUCAAAGCAAUGGUUUUCUCCUUCCCGUGGCAGGACAAGGAGCUGCUUCAGUCACUCACAGAGGGACCAGCGACCUGCAGCUUGUUCGAGAUGCUCUGCGCAGUCUGCGAAACAGCUUCAGCGGCCAUGACCCUCAGCACCACACCAUUGACAGCCUGGAGCAGGGCAUCUCCAGCCUCAUGGAGCGCCUGCAUGUCAUGGAAACCCAGAAGAAGCAGGAGAGAAAGGUCCGGGGCAAGUCACCCAGAACUCAAGCAGGUAGUGAAUACCGGGAGUCCUGGCCCCCUAAUUCAAAGUUGCCCCACUCACAGAGCUCGCCAACUGUCAGCAGCACCUGCACUAAAGUGCUGUAUUUCACUGACCGGUCACUUACACCCUUCAUGGUCAAUAUACCAAAGAGGUUGGGGGAGGUGACACUGAAGGAUUUUAAAGCAGCUAUUGAUCGGGAAGGGAAUCACCGGUAUCACUUCAAAGCCCUGGAUCCUGAGUUUGGCACUGUCAAAGAGGAGGUUUUCCAUGAUGAUGAUGCCAUUCCUGGAUGGGAAGGGAAAAUUGUAGCCUGGGUAGAAGAAGACCAUGGAGAGAAUUAAUGCUGAGUAUCAGACUGGGGGCUUUUGGAACCUGGUCACUCCCUUGCUGCCUCACUCAGGAAAGGGGACCCAAACCAGAAUACACUAAGAAGUUUCUAGUUUGUGCUGUCAAACAGAAGCUUCUCCAAGUGUGAUGGCCACAGGCCAGUUGUUUUUCUGUGCCUGGCAUAUCUGGUUCUUGAAAUCUCUGCCCAAAUGUAGACCAUGUAUUCAUCUGGAGUUCUUGUUCGUGGGAACACAGUAUUUUGUUCUACUCUGAGGACAACAAACCGAAGGCCUUAACCAAUGGGGAUGGAUGAUCCCUCUCCUGCAGGGGCAUGGCUGCUAUUAUCUGGAAACUAGGAAUUGGAUGCAUCACUCCUGUGUUACAGUAUUAUUUUAAUUGGCCUCAAUGGUUGCAUCAAUCAGAGUCCCAGCAUCUGUACUUACAGACACGGCAAAGGUACCAGCUUUCCUGUUUCUUUGCAGCUAUUGCAAACCAAGAAUAUCAAGAAUAACUCAUCAGGUGGUACCAAAGAUGAAAGCCCACUCUUCAGUAAUCUUUUGAACUGGACAUGGAUGGUGCUGAAUUGUUGAUUGGAUGGAAAAAGGGCUGCCCACCUUGUGCUAUACUAUGCUAAAACUGUAACUAAGACCUGGGGCUGCCUCUUCUGUCUUAACUGGUUCUACAGCUUGUCUUUUAGCCCACAUAGGGCCUAUUUCAUGUACCGCUAGUUUUCCCUGGGGACUCUAACUUGAGAGCAAUUUCUUUUUCUUCAAACUGAUGAACUUUGUGUUUGCAAGGAAUAAGGAGUGAAAGGCUCCUUAAAAAUCCAGGCGGGUAUGGAAAGGUGCUGCUACCCACAUCUUGACUUUUUGUCUCAUGACUAACUCAUAGCAUCUCCUUUGCAGUUAAAAGGAGGUGAACCAUUAAUUUCAGUAUUUCUUUGUGAUUUAUGAGUACUGAGCAUGAAUUACUGGUCUGUUCCUCCUCAUUUCAAGGUUGGAAUUAUUUUCUAUUUAUAUAGUCUAGGCUGAUCCUUUAGGGCACAAUUGAAACCGUGGGGCAUGGAGCAUGAGUUGUUAUGGCAGGGUUGAUUCUGGGUGGAAAAACUUAGAAUCUUUUUUUUCAUAUGCAACAUUGUCAAGUGUAGAAGCUAAGAGUUCAACUUAAGAGAUUACUUAAUAGCCUGGGUUUUUCCAUUCACCUACCAACCACCAUCAACGAAUCAGCCAUUGUUAUGUGUAGUUCCCAAAGCAGUCUGCCUGUGACUUCCAGUGUACACUGCCAAACCAGAAGAGUGGGACAGAUCGGUUCCAGGUUCUUGAUCUGUCUCCAAUUCAUCUCUCCUUUUCAGCCAUUUCAACAGACUACUCUUUGGAGCUCCGAGAUGACAUCUUGUUGUUUUAUAUAGAUAUGUCUUUUAAAAAUAGUUAUGUUUGGAGACUUCUUUUGUACUCAAUUUGCUUUUGUCUGAGAACCAUGUCUAUUUUUAUAACUUGAGUGUGAGUCCUAUAUAUUCUCAUAUUCUGUAUAAUGUAUCCAUUUUCUAGGGAACCCAGCAGCUUUUAUACAGUCUCUUCUUACCACCCGUUGUGGUUUCAGACAAGCUUUAUUACAAGAAUACUAAUGACAACUAAUUCUUGUUCCAGUUCUACCUGCUGUGUUAGUUGUGGAGGUAGAUGGCUCCUCUAGCAGAUAUAAGGAGCUCAGGAGACACUUGAUUUCUUUUGUUCUUCUACUGAAGAAUGAUUUUUCAUCAGCAAUGACUGGGAAAGUUUGGGAAGUCAGCCAAAAGCAAGAAUAAUAUAUAAUGAAAGCAAACAGAAGAAAAUAGUGUAUUCUUACGGUUUUUUCCUAGGAAGUCUGGAGAAAAAGUCCUCAUGUCACCAGUUUCUCUGUUGCAUGAAUUUUAGUGUUUUGCUAUAAGAUAGCAUGAGGGCUAUCAGGCCAAAAUUCAUUAUUGUAUCUCCAGUUCGAUUUAUCUUGAAUAUCUGUCUCUUUAAUCCAUUUUUACUGGUCAGUUUUAAGCAACGUCUUUACCAUUAUGUGCAAUUCAACUCUACGGAGAUUAAAUCAAAAGUUGUUUUCCAAGUCUUCUACCUACCUAUUUUGUCUCCAUCUGUUUUGGAAAAGGAGCUUCAUGGCCUCAAUACCUCCAUAAAAAGCUGAAGUGGAGUUCACCAGAAGGAGAACAUGAGAUUAUUUUUUUCCCCCUUUAGUUCAUGAAUCUCAUGUAUCAUGGGAAAUGAUUAAGUGUCCCUACUAGAGGAUGUCACCACAGGAACUCUUGUACAAAAUGUGUUGGUGAUCCUCUUUUCCAGUUUCUAAAGAGGAACCUUCUGAACAAGAGUAUGCAGUGAUUCACCCUGUUUUGAAAAGUCUUUCAUCUGGCUGUACUCUGAGGCCUCCUGAUGUAUUCAUAGUAUUGUUGCCUAGUAGCAUUGGGGUGGUAGUCCAUCCUGUGACUGCUGUCCAACUUACUUUGAGAAAACUAAGGAAUUGCAAUGGUUGGAGUUCAUAAAAUAAUCUUAAAA